ACGAAGCUCAAUCCACCUGAGCUUAUCGGAGAGGGCUACCCGCGGUCCAGCUGGCCGCAAAACGGUAACGGUGCGGCCGAAACACACGAUGUAGCCAAUCAGAUACGAUGAAAUCUGUAUUACGCCGGUCGCACUUAUGCACCCCAUGUUCUUCAGCUUAGUCCGAGCCGAGGCAUCCUUUUUCCCCAGAUCCACUGCACGGUUUGGUUUCCCAACCUGACGUCAAAACAAGGGACAAAGAGUCUCUUUUUUUUUUCUCCCUUCGAUAUGCUCAAUUCGUUCUUGUGGCCGUUAAAUCCUUUCGCUUGCUGUCAUUUGCGCUUUCGUGCGUUGUUGUAAAAGUCUACCGUGUCUUGUAGGAAUAGCAUCGUUAGUUGAGCUAUACUUCCUUUAAGUAGGCCUCUACUCUCUUUUUUUCUUGAGACCUUCUUUUUAUUUUCUCUCUUUCCUUCCUUUUUUUUAGUGGCUUGCCUAUAUACCCUGCUCUAUCUCUAUAUACCUUCUCUCUCGCUACGAUGUCUAAAACAUUCACCCGUGAUGAGGUGGCUAAACACAACACCGAAGAUUCGGUGUGGUUCAUAGUCGACAGCAAAGUUUACGAUGUAACCGACUUCGUCGAUGCCCACCCUGGCGGCGAGUCUGUCCUCCGCCAGGUGGCCGGCCAAGAUGCCACGGUAGCCUUUUACAACCUACAUCGACACGAGGUUCUCACCAAGUACGAGGACUUAUGUAUCGGCACCCUCGAGGGCGAGAAGCCCCAGGUUGUCACACCAAAGCCCGGUGACCUCAGUACUGUCCCAUACGCCGAGCCCUUAUGGCUUACGCCGCAGUUCAAGAGCCCUUACUACAACGAGAGCCACCACCGCUUACGCAAGGCCAUGCGCAUCUUCACCGACACUUAUAUCACUCCCGAGGCCCAGGCCCGAGAGGCCGACGGCAAGUACAUUAGUCAAGAUCUGGUCGACCGCAUGGCCGAGAAGGGCAUCCUGCAUAUGCGGAUGGGACCCGGGAAACACUUGCAUGGAGUGAACCUAUUAGACGGUGCGGUCAAGGGUGAGGAGUUCGACUACUUCCACGAUCUAAUCGUGUCGCAAGAGGGUGUGCGGUCCAACGCGCGCGGCUUCCAAGAUGGCCAGCUAGCAGGUAUGAUUAUCGGACUGCCCUGUGUCAUGAACUACAUGCGUGAUGCGCGCCGGCGCAAGGCCAUCAUGGACGAGGUUCUCGGCGGCAAGAAGUACAUGUGUCUAGCCAUCACCGAAGCUUUCGCAGGAUCCGACGUCGCCGGCCUGCGCACCACCGCCACCAAGACCCCUGACGGCAAACACUACAUCGUCAACGGCACUAAGAAGUGGAUUACCAACGGUGUCUUCUGCGACUACUUUGUCACUGGCGUCAAGACCGAUAAGGGCCUGAGCGUCCUGCUGAUCGAGCGUGGCGAGGGUGUCGAGACCAAGCCCAUCAAGACUUCGUACUCGCCUUCUGCCGGUACUGCAUAUAUUACCUUCGACAAUGUCAAGGUGCCGGUCGAGAACCUUCUCGGCGAGGAGAACAAGGGUAUCUACGUUAUCCUGAGCAACUUCAACCAUGAGCGAUGGACCAUGGCCUGUGCCGGAAUCCGGACGUGCAGGACCAUCGUCGAGGAAUGUCUCAAGUGGUCACAUCAGCGCAUCGUCUUCGGCAAACGAUUAAUCGAGCAACCCGUAAUUCGACAAAAGCUCGCCAAGAUGAUUGCGCUCGUCGAGUCGAACCAAGCCUGGCUCGAAACCAUAACCUACCAGAUGUGUCAGAUGCCCUACAAGCAGCAGUCGCAGCACCUCGGCGGGCCCAUCGGCCUGCUGAAGAUGAGCAUCACCCGCGCCGCCCACGAGAUCGCCGACGAGUCCGUCCAGAUCUUCGGCGGCCGCGGCCUCACCCAGUCCGGCAUGGGCCGCGUCAUCGAGAUGUUCAACCGCACCUACAAGUUCGACGCCAUCCUUGGCGGCGCCGAAGAGGUCCUCGCCGACCUCGGCGUUCGCCAGGCUAUGCGCCAGAUGCCCAACGCCAAAUUAUAGGUUGAUGAGUGUGUGCGGACAUAUUCAGGAGAUCUAAGUUCAACUCCCCACAUCAUUUCAUAGUGGCGUUUUAAAAUUGUAUAUAUACCUAAAGCAGCUCGGCACGCAUGUGGUAUUACGAUGGGAAAGGAUUAUGGGUUCAGUGCUAUCUAUAGUAUAAGCUGCGGCGUCAGGGUAAAUUUGAAUGAAGAAAUUUAUGAAAUUACCAAAACUCUUAUAAUAG